GCAUGUUGGAUCCUCCCAGACCAGGGCUCAAACCCGUGUCCCCUGCAUAGGCAGGUGGAUUCUUAACCACUGCGCCACCAGGGAAGUCCCUAGGGUGCUGUGGUUUAUAAAAUGGUACACAUGUUUGCAGAGGGCUUAGAACCGUGCCUGUUACAGGUGGGCGCUCAGUAAACGUAAGCCAUGAUGGCAUUGACUUUAGGAGGAAGCCAAGAGCUCUCCUGCCUUUCUCCCUGUCACCUGCAGAGGCUGGCAGACUGUUAAGAGGCAGAGACCCGGAGCUGGGCAGACCCGAGCACUGCUUCCCCAGGCAUGGGUGCCUCCGUGUCAGUACCUCCACAGCCAUCCAGGGCCCCGCCUGACACUGCCUGCCCGGACCCACAGGGCAGUAGCAAUCAAGGGUGGGGGUACCGCUCCAGCGCACAGCUCCAGGGCUGCCUCCUGGGCUGCGGGGUGUUGGAUGGGAGGAGUAGGCGCUGGACAUGCAGCCCAGCCCCGAUUCCUCAGACACAUCAUCUUCCACCUUUUGUCCAGGGCUCCCACCCUCUCUCAGAGGCCCUCAGCUAGCAGAAGUAUCUCUCCUGUCAGCCCCAGGCAGGUGUCCCAUGGCCGUGACUCAGACCUCCCUGUGGCUGCCAGGGCCCAGGAGAGUACUUGAUGGCAGGACACAGGUGUCCCUGGGAAUUCUGGAGGCGUUGCCCCCCUGAAGCAUACCAGGCUUCCUGCCCCUCCCGCACUGUUAGGGGAAGGUGAGGGCGCAGGUGCUCCCAGCCGCCUGUGCGGAAGGGGCGGCAGGGGGUAGGUGAGCUGGCAGAGGAAGCGGAGCCUGUGUUCAGACCAGGUCAAGGGAGGAUGGCUUGAGCAAGGGUGGUCGCCAAGGCUCCUGCAGGAGGAGCUCUGGGUAGCUUAGUGUCUGGAAUUCUCAGCGUUUGGGCUUCGGGCAUUGGCCCCCAGGUCAAGGUGCAGUUCAUGGGCUUCCUCAGCAGCAGAGCUGGAAGGGUUUUCUGACAUCAUCCAGCAUUUUCACACAUGGAAUGUCUGUACUGUGCCUCUUCAGAAAGGUAAGACCAGAAGAGUUCUUACUGUCGGCCCCUCAGAGCAAGAGCACACACACCCCCAGAGGCGGAGGCACUCUCGGCUCUCAUGGCUUCCCACGCAAAGUCCCCCUGGUGGCUUCUCUCCCUGUGCAGCUGCCUCUCCAGCUUUCGGGGGGCCUUAGUUCCCCGGGGCCUUCAAUCCCCAAGGCAGACGUCAGAUCCUUUCCAUUUCUAGUGCCACUGUCAGCCUGACUGCAAGUCAGGGGGUCGUAUCAGGACUGAAUUUCUCUUCAGAGAGCCUCAUUUUCUUACCAUGGCUUGGUUUGUGCCAUGUUCCAGGAGGGGACACCUAAGCCUAACCUGCCCUGUGUUGGUGGCAAAACAAAGGCCUAAGGAGAGGAAAAGCCUUGCCCUCAGCCCCUCAGUCUGUCUAGGUCGGCUCCAGGCUUCCACCUUCCUUUUUAUUUUCUUUUCCAUCAGCUUCAGGCAAGGGACUUGAAGCCCUUUAGGCUAGAGCUUGGUGGAUCAUGGUGCCUGGACAGGGGAUCCCAGAUGGGGAGCUGGCAGCCCCUCCUACCCAGCACUCCUGGGGCCGCACAGGGAACAGUGAUGAAUGCAGGCUCCCUGCUGGAUCCUCUGGCACCCCCAGGCACCCCGUUUAUGGAGCUCAGAGGCCACAGACGCCCCCCAGCCCCCGCAAUGCCUCCCAAGUGUCCCUUCUCUGCUCAAAGGGCAGCGGCUGUGACGGGGCUCCCGGGCACAGGGUGCGCCGUGGCCUGGCCCAGCUCCUCAUGCCCCCGGUCUCCACCCGACAGCCACCCGCCUGCCCCUGCCAUGGAGACCUUCUUUAGGAGACACUUCCAGCGGAAGGCGCCAGGCCCUGGAGAGGGGCAGAGGCGGCCCGGCAGCGUGGGGCUGCCCACAGGCAAGGCCCGGCGCCGCUCGCCUGCAGGGCAGGCCUCCUCCUCGCUGGUCCAGCGGCGCCGCUCCAGCGCACAGCUCCAGGGCUGCCUCCUGGGCUGCGGGGUGGGGGCCCCGCGCUCCAGCCGCCGGCGCUCCAGCACCGCGCCCCCCUCCUGCAACCCCCGCUUCACCGUGGAUGAGGUGCCCGCCCUGCAGCCUGCCACUGUUGGGGCCCCGCGUCUGGACACACCCCUGCUGUUGGCCGGGCUCUUGGGCAUGGAUGAGGAGGAGGGGGUCCAGGAGGAGGAUGUGACAGUUGCGUCGUUGGCGGCCACCCAGCCAGGCACCAAGAGACCGGGGCCAUCCCCGCAUCGGGGAGCCCUGCCCGUGCUGCCCAUUCCCCGCUGGCGCCGGCGCCGGGCCUCCUCCCACCUGCUGCCCGCUGACGUGGUGAAAGACCGCGCCCUCUGGGGCCUGCAUGGUUACUACCGGCCCCUCAGCCCGCAGCGGCCCUCAGGCCAGCACCUCAGCCUGGGGGGCCGAAGAGCCUCGGGCACCGCAGCUGGCCCCAGGAUGCCUGCCUGCGUGCGCCCGCUGUCCCGCAGACGCCAGGUAGCCCUGCGGCGCAAGUCAGCCGGACCCCAGACCUGGAGUGCCCUGCUUGCGAAAGCCAUCACCAAGUCAGGCCUCCAGCACCUGGCACCCCCUCCUCCAGCUCCCGGGGCCCCGCGCAGUGAGCCUGAGCGGCAGAUCCGGAGCACUGUGGACUGGAGCGAGUCAGCGACGUAUGGGGAGCACAUCUGGUUUGAGACCAACGUGUCCGGGGACUUCUGCUAUGUUGGAGAGCAGUACUGUGUAGCCAAGAUGCUGCAGAAAUCAGUGUCCCGGAGAAAGUGUGCAGCGUGCAAGAUUGUGGUGCACACCCCCUGCAUUGAACAGCUAGAGAAGAUAAAUUUCCGCUGUAAGCCAUCCUUCCGUGAAUCAGGCUCCAGGAACGUCCGGGAGCCAACCUUUGUGCGGCACCACUGGGUACACAGGCGACGCCAGGAUGGCAAGUGUCGGCACUGUGGGAAGGGCUUCCAGCAGAAGUUCACCUUCCACAGCAAGGAGAUCGUGGCCAUCAGCUGCUCCUGGUGCAAGCAAGCAUACCACAGCAAGGUGUCCUGCUUCAUGCUGCAGCAGAUCGAGGAGCCGUGCUCCCUGGGGGUCCACGCCGCCGUGGUCAUCCCACCCACCUGGAUCCUCCGUGCCCGCAGGCCCCAGAAUACCCUCAAGGCAAGCAAGAAGAAAAAGAGGGCAUCCUUCAAGAGGAAAUCUAGCAAGAAAGGGCCUGAGGAGGGCCGCUGGAGACCCUUCAUCAUCAGGCCCACCCCGUCCCCCCUCAUGAAGCCCCUGCUGGUGUUCGUGAACCCCAAGAGUGGGGGCAACCAGGGCGCCAAGAUCAUCCAGUCCUUCCUCUGGUAUCUCAAUCCCCGGCAAGUCUUUGACCUGAGCCAGGGAGGGCCCAAGGAGGCGCUGGAGAUGUACCGCCGGGUGCACAACCUGCGGAUUCUGGCCUGUGGGGGCGAUGGCACGGUUGGCUGGAUCCUCUCCACCCUGGACCAGCUGCGCUUAAAACCACCGCCACCUGUCGCCAUCCUGCCCCUGGGCACCGGCAACGACUUGGCCCGCACCCUCAACUGGGGUGGGGGCUACACCGAUGAGCCCGUGUCCAAGAUCCUCUCCCACGUAGAGGAGGGCAACGUGGUGCAGCUGGACCGCUGGGACCUCCAUGCUGAGCCCAACCCCGAGGCGGGGCCUGAGGAGCGAGAUGAGGGGGCCACCGACCGGCUGCCGCUGGAUGUCUUCAACAACUACUUCAGCCUGGGCUUUGAUGCCCACGUCACCCUGGAGUUUCACGAGUCUCGAGAGGCCAACCCAGAGAAAUUCAACAGCCGCUUUCGGAAUAAGAUGUUCUACGCCGGGACAGCCUUCUCCGACUUCCUGAUGGGCAGCUCCAAGGACUUGGCCAAGCACAUCCGCGUGGUGUGUGACGGGACUGACCUGACCCCCAAGAUUCAGGACCUGAAACCCCAGUGCAUUGUUUUCCUGAACAUCCCCAGGUACUGUGCAGGCACCAUGCCCUGGGGCCACCCUGGGGAGCACCAUGACUUCGAGCCCCAGCGGCAUGAUGAUGGCUACCUCGAGGUGAUUGGCUUUACCAUGACAUCCCUGGCAGCACUGCAGGUGGGCGGGCACGGCGAGCGGCUGACACAGUGCCGAGAGGUGCUGCUCACCACGUCUAAGGCCAUCCCAGUGCAGGUGGAUGGUGAGCCCUGCAAGCUCGCAGCCUCAUGCAUCCGCAUCUCGCUGCGCAACCAGGCCACCAUGGUGCAGAAGGCCAAGCGGCGGAGCGCUGCCCCCCUGCACAGCGACCAGCAGCCAGUGCCGGAGCAGCUGCGGAUCCAGGUGAGCAGGGUCAGCAUGCACGACUACGAGGCCUUGCACUAUGACAAGGAGCAGCUCAAAGAGGCCUCCGUGCCGUUGGGCACCGUGGUGGUCCCGGGAGACAGCGACCUGGAGCUGUGCCGCGCCCACAUCGAGAGGCUCAGGCAGGAGCCCGAAGGUGCUGGAGCCAAGUCUCCGACGUGCCAGAAACUCUCCCCCAAGUGGUGCUUCCUGGAUGCCACCACUGCUAGCCGCUUCUACAGAAUCGACAGGGCCCAGGAACACCUCAACUACGUGACCGAGAUCACACAGGAUGAGAUUUAUAUCCUGGACCCUGAGCUGCUGGGGGCGUCUGCCCGACCCGACCUCCCAACGCCCUCUUCCCCCCUCCCCACCUCGCCCUGCUCACCCAGGCCCCGGUCACUGCCAGGGGAUGCUGCACCCCCUACAGGUGAAGAGCUGGUCGAGGCUGCCAAGAGGAACGAUUUCUGUAAGCUCCAGGAGCUGCACCGAGCCGGGGGUGACCUCAUGCACCGAGACGAGCGGAGCCGCACGCUCCUGCACCACGCUGUCAGCACCGGCAGCAAGGAAGUGGUCCGCUACCUGCUGGACCACGCCCCCACAGAGAUCCUUGAUGCUGUGGAGGAAAACGGGGAGACCUGUCUGCACCAGGCCGCAGCCCUGGGCCAGCGUACCAUCUGCCACUACAUCGUGGAGGCCGGGGCCUCUCUCAUGAAGACAGACCAGCAGGGCGACACUCCCCGGCAGCGGGCUGAGAGGGCUCAGGACACGGAACUGGCCGCGUACCUGGAGAACCGGCAGCACUACCAGAUGAUCCAGCGGGAGGACCAGGAGACGGCUGUGUGAGGCCGCUGCGCAGAAGGGCGACGGGCCGCCAGAGGACCAGCCCCUCCUCGCCCACCUCACUGCCACAUUCCAGGCAGAGGGCCACAGAGGGACCCGGGACCCAGGACCCAGGGAAGGAGCCCUGUGCUGCUCCCUGUGGAGCUGCCCAGACCUAGGGCUGGACUCUGAGGAGCUGGGGGCCAGGGGGUGGGGUGGGGUCUCACCCGGCCCCCUGAGGCCACAGCCUAACCCAGAGGCUCACAGGGGGCCAGGAGACUGGACUGGGCUGGGCAGACCACUGGGGGGGCUGGGGGGGCCCUCACCUUCCCUGCAGUGGGUGCCCUGGGGUUGAGGGCCCGCAGCCCAGAGGGCAGAGGGCCUUGAGGCCCUGUGAGGGAGCCCCCAGGAAGACGCUUCCUAAGCCUCCGGGUCCUUUAGGACCCUCACUCUGAGGCUCCUGGGAGCUUGGGCCCCUCUCCCGCCCUGACACCACCCCCCCACCCCCGCCCCCAGGGCUUCUUCCCGGAAACACGGAGCCUGCUGCAUCUGCCUGCCCGCUGCCCUGCUUAGCACCUACCCGGUGACCCUCCUCCCAAACCCAGUCAUUUCACCUCCGACUGUGUGGCCUGGGGGGUGGGGGUGGGGGCUUUCACGGUGACAUGUUUACAGCUGGGUGUGACUCAGUAAAGUGGAUUUUUUUUCCUUUC